GUGCGCGGUGUACUUCACAAGGAAGUCGUCGUAAAGAACAUGCGAGUGAUUUUACCUCUGGUAAUAGAGAGCGGAUACGCUCUACAUAAAUGUGAUGACAUCCGAAACAUCAUCGAACUCAAAAAUGACGACUUGGAAACUCUUUUGGAGAUCUGUCGGAAGUACAACGAUGAAAGAAGUGUGUUACUGAUAUACCGGAAGUUAAAACAGUUUGAUGAGUGCUUUAAAUGUAUCAGAGAGAGGAUUAAAGGUGUUGCACCACUACAAGAAGAGCAAAUCUUGAUUAGUAAAGAAAUGGUACAGCAAACUAUUCAAAAUAAUACGGUAAAAUGCCACGAAGAUUUACAAAGUGACGACAAGACAAGUGAAUCACAACAGAAAGAGGAAAAAAUCAUUCAAAAAUUUGUGAUUGGAACACAAGAAGAAAGAAAGCCGAUCAGUUCGACAGUUCAGGACAUCAAAGGGAUUUUAGACGAUAUGAGAGAUGUCGUGAGCGCUUAUUUAACGGCAGAGAAACGUGAAAUACUGAACACGAAUGAUACCGUUAUACUGAUUAUGAAAAAGAUAUAUGAGGUCUUCUCUACUAACACUGAAGUGCUUGAAAGGCUUCAAAAGGAGUAUAGAGAAGUCGUUGAAGUGAUCUGUGAAAAGAGUCCUAUUGAAAGUUCUUUAAAGUUCUGUCAAGAAAUAUGUACGGGAAAUACACUGAAAUUGGUCUUAAGAGACUUACUCGUUCAAACACAACGCAACAUCGCACUGUUAAAAAACAUCCACGUCAUCGCUAAUUCCCAAAUGAAAAAGUCAAAACAAUGUCAACUUUCGGAUUUAAAGCAUGGCGUCAUAACGUGUAACACAUGUGUGUUGUGUAAGCAAAAGAGAGAAGACAGUUUCGUGUCGUUUGGAUGUGGACACUGUUAUCAUACUACUUGUAUCAGUUCGUCGUGUGUUUGCCUUAUAUGUAAUGGAUUGGCUUGA